AUGCCACCAAUAAGACUAACGGAUAAUACGUCACCCAAGGAAGAAAUCAAUGAAUCAAUUUUCAGAUCCGCACCCAUGACUUUGGUUCAGUUCUAUGUUACUAUUGAAUUAGCUAGAGAUAUGGUAGGAGUAUUAGGGAAAUUAGGAAAUGUCCAAUUUAGAGAUUUAAAUUCAAAGUUAACUCCAUUUCAAAGAACGUUUGUUAGUGAAUUACGUGGUAUUGAUACCAUGAUUCAACAAUUGGAUUAUCUUCAUUCAAUCAUGUUGAAACAAAAUACCAUUAGGAGUGACAUUUAUGCUAAUUUACAAGCAGAUAUGAAACCGUUGCCAACAUCUUCGGAAAUGGAUGAUAUUAAGAUUAGGUUGGAUGAAUUUUAUCAAAGAAUCAAGCAUUUAGAUCAUUCAUUUAAUAACUUGGAUAAAAAGAAGUUGAAAUUUGUCGAGAAUAGAAGUGUACUAAAUUGUUUGAAUGAAUUCCAUAGAUCAAAUCUAGUUGGCGGUGGAUACGAUGAUCUUGAUCACCAUGAUGAACAUGACGAUUAUGAUGAUAAUGAAGCAUUGUUGAAUGAACAAAGGAAUAAUAAUUUGGAGAUUGGUUAUGAGGUGCACCAUUUAGAUGACUCAUCAUUUAAUUCAAUGGCUGGUACUAUUGCUAGAGACAAAGUGCCAAUAUUAAGAAAUAUUUUGUGGAGAACAUUAAGGGGGAAUUUAUACUUUCAUGAUAUUCCACUUGAUGAAGAAUUUCCAGUAAAUGAAAACUCUGAUGAAAUGGUUUACAAGAAUGCGUUCAUUAUUUAUAUUCAUGGUGAUUUCUUGAGAACAAGGGUGCGUAGGAUCAUCCAAUCCUUGGAUGGUGUAUUGUUUGAUAAUGCAGCUGGAGGUGCAGAAGCAAGAUCAGCUACAUUGAGUGAAAUUAAUGGUAAAAUUGAUGAUUUAAAUAAUGUUGUGCAAAGCACCAAAGAUCAGUUGAUCACUGAGUUGAUGGUUUUUCAAGAGGUGUAUGCUGACUAUUGUUAUAUUGUUGAAAGAGAAAAGCUUAUAUAUGAAGCUUUGAAUAAAUUUGAUGAGGAUAGUACAAGAAGAUGUUUAGUUGGGGAAGGUUGGAUCCCUUCAUAUGAUUUUGAAAAAGUACGGAAUGGUUUAAGAAGUUUAAUUAGACUGAAAACCAGACAAGGAGCAACAGAUACGGACUCUACAGAGAGUAUUAAUUUAUCUGAAGGUGUUGCAACCCAGACUGCAUUGUUUUCCGUUGAUAGUGACCAAGAAUUGACAGGAUUUGAGAUUGAGGAUGAAGAAGAUGAAGAAGUUGGAUCAUUGAUUGCAGUUGUGAAUGAACUUUCAACAAAUCGUGUACCACCAACAUUUCACAAGACCAACAAGUUUACUGCGGCUUUCCAACUGAUUAUCGAUGCGUACGGUAUUGCCACUUACCAAGAAGUCAACCCUGGUCUUGCCACGAUCAUUACUUUUCCCUUUAUGUUUUCUAUUAUGUUUGGUGAUGUGGGUCAUGGUUUUAUCGUUUUUCUUGUGGCUCUUUAUUUGAUCAAGAAUGAAGUUCUGAUUGGUGCCAUGAGAAAUAGAGACGAGAUUUUUGAUAUGGCUUAUAGCGGAAGAUACAUUAUAUUAUUGAUGGGGGUAUUUUCGAUUUAUACUGGUUUUAUUUAUAAUGAUAUUUUUUCAAAAUCAAUGAAUCUUUUUUCAUCUGGUUGGAAAUACGUUGUACCAAAAGAUUAUGAUGUCACCAAGGGAGCAACAUUGGUAGCUGAAAAAAUAACCGGUAAAACUUAUCCAUUUGGGUUAGAUUGGGCAUGGCAUGGAACUGAAAAUAACCUUUUAUUUACCAAUUCAUACAAGAUGAAAUUAUCAGUUUUAAUGGGUUAUACUCAUAUGAAUUAUUCCUUGAUGUUUAGUUUGGUCAACUAUUUGUUCUUUAAAAGCAGGGUAGAUAUUAUUGGUAAUUUUAUUCCAGGAUUUUUAUUCAUGCAAAGUAUCUUUGGAUAUUUGGCAUUGACCAUUGUUUAUAAAUGGUCAGUUGAUUGGUUCGGCAUUAACAAACAACCACCGGGAUUAUUGAAUAUGUUGAUUAAUAUGUUUUUAUCUCCUGGCACUAUUGAAGAGCAAUUGUAUCCCGGUCAGAAAUUUGUUCAAAUAGUUUUGGUAUUGAUUGCAGCUAUUUGUGUGCCAUGGUUAUUAAUUUAUAAACCAUUGAUAUUAAAGAGACAAAAUGAUAAAGCUAUUCAAUUGGGAUAUAGUGAUUUGCAUUCCCAACGCCAGCAUUCGUUUUUAAUUCAUGAAGAGGAACGUGCUCUUGAAUUACAAGAUGAUGAACUUAACAAUGAUCCACCAGAAAAUCCUUUUGAUAGUGAUAAUGAAGAAUUCCAAUUCCCUAAUGAUGUGGAACCAAUGUUUCAUUCAGCUGCUCAUGGAGAAGAUGGAGAAGAUGGGUUUAAUUUUGGAGAUAUUGUUAUUCAUCAAGUUAUUCAUACUAUUGAAUUUUGUUUAAAUUGUGUUAGUCAUACCGCAUCAUAUUUGAGAUUAUGGGCACUUUCAUUAGCUCAUGCACAAUUAUCAUCAGUUUUAUGGUCGAUGACUAUACAGAAUGCAUUUGGUAAAACAGGAGCCGUGGGUGUUAUUGCAACUGUCGUAUUAUUUGCCAUGUGGUUUCUGUUGACUGUUUGUAUUUUGGUGUUGAUGGAAGGUACAUCAGCAAUGCUUCAUUCGUUAAGAUUGCAUUGGGUUGAAGCAAUGUCUAAAUUUUUCCAAGGGGAAGGGUACGCAUACGAACCAUUUACAUUUAAAUCUAUAGAUAUAUAA